AUGGAUCUCACUCCGUUUAAGCGUGACAUUGAUGAGCUUAUAGAUGCAUUUGCUGAGGGUGAAUCAACGAGUUUGGCUGACAUGAAGAGAAUAUGGCUUUCCAAAAAGCUCUCUUACAUUUACGAGGCACGUCCUUCUACCAACUUGGCCUUCUUUAUGCAGUCAUUAUAUGCCCAUUCAAUUGGAUACAUAAUCGGUACAGCUACUUUAUCACACAGACUGGGUGGGCUCUAUUGCCUCUUCUGUCUCUAUGAGACUCAACCAUUCAAACCUCCUUUUAAGAUUUAUCUAUCUCUUGAAGAACUGAAGAAACUUCGAAAGCUGGUUAUUAAUGCAAAGGAAUACGAUUUAAGAGUGGUAUCUGCUUUGGUGAAAAGGAUGCUAGAAAAGAAUGUUUUCCUGUUUGGGUCUGUAGACACAAAUGAAGGCUCUUUUACAGAGACGGUAGACCAACUGACACAGUUACAGAAUGCUCGAGUUCAAGUUGCAUACAAGGAGUUAUUUGCUAAUACUAAGAUUGAGGACUUUCUCCACAUGGAUUUGGGAAUGGAAGUUGACCUGAAUAUGCUCAAGAAAAUGUCAACAGAUUAUGCAGAGGCCAAGAAAAUAGCAAUUAAUGAGGCCAGCAAGGUCGUGGAUGUUCAAGAUAUAAAGCACAUAUCAGAAGAUAAGGAACUGGUUGGAGAUGCAGUAGAGAAGAUGGUAGGGCAGUGGGAUGCUCAAAGAGAAGUGUUUUAUCAACAAACAGGAGCAAAUCAGAAGCUCCCUGAAGGAGAGCAGCAACUAGAACCACAGCAGCUGCAGCUGCAGCUGCUGAGUGAUGAGGAGAACUUUGAUCAGGAAUUGGAACAACUGCUAUCUGAAACAUGA